AUGGAAGCCACAGGACUUGUGCUUGCGGUCCUCCCUCUCCUUCUCAACCAACUUGACAAUUAUGUGCAAGGUCUCGAGACACUCAAGGGGUUUCGCGCUAAGCGAUACCGCAGGGAGCUGGACGGCUACCUGUCCAGUCUUGGGACACAGCAGGCGAUCUUUGUUAACACUCUUGAGCGAUCCCUUGAUGGAGUCGUUGGAUACCAAAAUGAAGUGGAGGAUCUGAUCAACGAUCCCUCGGGGACUUUUUGGAAGGAACCCACUUUGCAGUCAAAAUUAAAAGCGAAAAUGGAGAGAAACUAUAUCCCGUUUGAAAGGACCAUGACGGAGAUGUAUGCUCUACUGGAAGAGUUGUCGCAGAAGUUGGGUUGGGACAAGAAGAUGCCUGCAACCGCAGAGAAAUGCUGGAACAACUCAUCGAAUAUUGAAAGAGAAGUUAAGAAAUUCCGGGACAUCUUCUCAAAGAGUAUCUACGCUGAUCUACUCAACCGAAUCAACACCGCCAACACAUUACUCAAAACACUGGUCGAACAGUCCGAGUAUCGAGAAACAGCCCGAAAACGGAGACUAUCAAACCACACGCUGACGCGCUACCGGAAGUCCCGACGAUCUGCUUCUAGUCUACACAAAGCAAUCAUAAGGGGUAAAUGCUGGAGAUGCCCCUGCAAAAAUCAGCAUGCUGUCCACUUUGUGCUCAAUGGCCCAUCGCUAGAUACUCUUGACCCGUUGGUGGAAGGUCGUGGGAACCCCAGAUUCCGCAUGAUCUUAGCUUCUAAUGAGGUUAUGAAAUCCUCUUUCUGGGAGCACGGUCAUGAGAUUGAGACUGAGACCGACAUGACAACCUCUAGCAUGGGAGUGCGAUAUGUCUGUCAAUUAGUGGAUCAUACCAAAUCAAUGAGCUUGGAGCAGACUAAAACCAGAACGCGGGUUCAGUUCUCCUCCGACUUGGCAUUAAAAAGCCAUGAAUUGGUCACGAAGAAUGCCAACGAAACCAAUGUCCCGCCACCAAUCACAGAUAUUUGCCAGAUACUGUCAGAUACAAAGACCGAAAAGAUUUCUCAGGCGGCCCUGGGAUGGGUUUCAGAUGAGAGUCACCGACAUAAUAUCUACUACGUGCGACAAGUUGCGGGGUACCUAGAAUCAAAGUCACUUGCAGAUCUUAUCACGGCUUCGGUUACCUUCUCAGCCAGUCAGAGCAGUGACGGGAUUCUGUUCAGCCAGCGAGACCGCUUGCGAUUGGCAGCGAACCUGGCAUGUAGUGUCCUUCAGUUCCACGGAAGCUGGCUCCGAGAACACUGGAGAGCCCGAGAUAUCAUGUUCACCUACGAGCCCUCGACCGGUCUUGGUAGCCCCUGCAUUCCGUGGAAUGUAGAAAGCAAUGUUGAAGACUUCAACAGCCAGACUGACGCCAUGAAAGCCGCACUCAUCCGAAGCCAGAUACUCUUCCCACUAGGUCUGGUUCUGGUAGAGCUGUCACUAUGCCAAACACUUGAGACGCUGAGAACCCCUGCAGAUGAAGACCCCCAAGAAGUAGUCACAAACCUCAAGACUGCGGCUCGCGUUCUACCAUCCGUAAUGGAACGCAGUGGGCCGGAAUAUGCAAGGAUCGUGGAGCAGUGUCUGUUUUGGCACGGCAGUCAGGAUACGAAUUUGGAGAACGAAGCCAUGCAGGAAAAGGUAUUCGACUUGAUCAUCGUGCCGUUGAUGGAGAACUUGAGGAGUUUUGAGGAUUGGUGGCAGAGGUAUUGA